AUGGGCAACCAGCAACAGAAGCACCAGUGGAUUCCGGCGGUGAACCACGUCGUCAAUGUUAAAAUUCACAUCCCCUUCAACCUCACCUUCUCUCCCCCUAAUUACACCACAUGGCGCGAAACUAUUCCUCAUUCUCAAAUCUUGGGCAUUGUCCUCAGCCUCGGCGCGGUUGCGCACAUGAUCUGGACGAGCAUCGACGACCUCUUCCACAACAAUAAGAAAAUGCACAUCCUCGCUCUCGAGUACUGUCAGAAGAUGAAGUCCCUCGCUGAUACUCUCAGCGCCCUCGACCAUGCCAUCAGUGACAAGACUCUCGUCCUCACCAUCCUCCGUGGUUUCACCAAGCAUUUCUCGAUAAUAUCCACCAUCAUCGCCACCAAGACUCCGUUCCCCGACUUUCUGGAGGUGCGUACACUUUUGCAGAUGAAUGAGGCAUCUCACACCAUGCUGGUGGCGGCUUCCACCACUCUCUACUCCUCUACCGGAAACCACUCUGCUCCGCGCACAUACAACUACUCCACCAACCCCAACAAUGGCGGUAGCGGCAGGGGAGGCAAGUACAAACCUAAGCCGAAGAAGGCCGGCGGAGUUGGAGGUGGCGGCGGUUCGCCUAGUGGCAGCAACUUUCAAGGUAGCUCAAUCCCCUUCUUUAACCCUAUAACCGGCACUUUCAACUCUGGCCGAUGCCGACUCCUACGCACACAUGGCAGACCCCCGCUUCUGUACUGGGCCAAGGCAUCUUGGGCCAGCGCCAGAGUGUUCUUGCACCGAAGACCAUCUGAUGACAGCAUAAGGUGGGCUGUCUUAUGCGCUAGCAGGUUGGGAUGCCAACGCCCUCAUCCAAGCGAUGAACACUAUGAGCCUCCGUCCACCAAGCGGUUCUGA